GGUUUAAAUGUCUGGCUGGCCCCGGCUGGUCAGUUCGGAUAGGUGAGCCACCCGAGAGCCUGUCUUCUUGCUCCAGUUCCAGGAAGAGUCCGGUGUGGUAGGAGGCUCGGCCGCCCGCGAGCAGCCCAGGAUGUCGCUGACCCUGAAGGCCGUGGUGCUGACGCUGGCCCUGGUGGCUGUCACCGGUACUCGGGCUGAGGUCAAUGCCGACCAGGUGGCCACUGUGGUAUGGAACUACUUCACGCAGCUGGGCAACAAUGCCAAGAAGGCGGUGGAGGAUCUCCAGAAGUCUGAGCUCCCCCAGCAGCUCAACUCCCUCUUCCAGGACAGAGUGGACGGCGUGAACGCCUACGCAGAGGAGCUGCAGAAGAAGCUGGUGCCCUUCGCCACGAGGCUGCACGAGCGCCUGACCGAGGACUCGGUGCAGCUGAAGGAGAAGAUCAGAAUGGACCUGGAGGUGCUGGGGAAGCAGCUGCAGCCGCACGCCCAGGAGGUGAGCCAGUUGAUCAACAGCGGAGCACAGAACCUGCAGGACAGCCUGGGGCCCUACGCCGACCAGCUGCGCACCCAGGUCCGCACGCAGACAGAGAAGCUCCGGAGCCAGCUGAGCCCCUACGCAGAGCGCAUGGAGACGAUGCUGCGCGACCAGAAGGACAACCUGCAGGCCUCGCUGGCGCCCGUGGCCGACGAGCUCCAGGGCCUGAUCCACCAGAAUGUGAAGGAGCUCAAGGGGCACCUCACGCCCUACGCCGACAACCUCAAGGAGCAGAUCGACCAGCACGUGGAUGUCCUGCGCCAAAAGCUGGCGCCCUUAGCGAAGAACGCCGAGGAGAAUCUCAACCGCCAGCUGGAGGGGCUGGCCUUGCAGAUGAAGAAGAACGCGGACGUGCUGAAGAACAAGCUCCAAGCCGACGUGGAUCAGCUGGGCCGGAGCCUGGCGCCCCUGGCCGAGGACGUGCGCGGCAAGCUGGCGGGCGGCACUGCGGGGCUGCAGGAGUCCCUGGCCCAGCUCGGCCGCCAGCUGGACCUGAAGGUGGAGCAGUUCCGCAGCAGCGUGGAGCCCCACGGCGAGGCCUUCAACAAGAUCCUGGUGCAGCAGGUGAAGGAGCUCAACGAGAAGCUGGACCCGCGCUCGGGGGACGUGCAAGGCCACCUGAUCUUUCUGGAGAAGGAUCUGAGGGACAAGAUGAACUCCUUCUUCAGCUCCCUGCAGAAGGCGGGCCAGGACCAGCCCCUGCAGGAGGGCCAGGACCAGCCCCUGCAGGAGGGCCAGGACCAGCCCCUGGCGCCCCCCCUCCCCGAGCAGACCCCGGAGCAGGCACCCCUGGGGGGCUGAGCUGCCCCUGGUGCCCACGCCGGGCCCUGGACACCUGCCCCGCCCUGCCACCUGUCUGUCGGUCUGUCCCAAAGCAAUUCCCUUAUGAGUUUGAGGACACAUGUCCUGUGGAAAAUGACGCUACCUCUCGCUACUCAAUAAAACUGCUAAGAAACUAGCCCAGCCCGGGUGCCCUGUGACUUUGUGGUGUUGCUGGGACUG